AAGUGGGUGUUUCCCAUCGUGCCUUGCGGCAGCAGCGGCGCGGGCUGCGGGAAUGAGGUAAAGGCGGGAGGGGCGGGGGCGCGCGGCAGGAAGCUCGGCGGCCAGGCGGCAACGGCGAGCGGAGCAGAGCGAGCCCGGCCCCAUGGCGGACACUAAGGAAACACAUGAGGAGCAUGAUACUUCUACUGAAAAUGCAGAUGAUUCUAACCAUGAUCCUCAGUUUGAGCCCAUAGUUUCUCUUCCCGAGCAAGAAAUAAAAACUCUGGAAGAGGAUGAGGAAGAACUCUUUAAGAUGCGAGCAAAGCUAUUCCGAUUUGCAUCUGAGAAUGACCUUCCAGAAUGGAAAGAACGAGGAACUGGUGAUGUAAAACUCCUGAAACACAAGGAGAAGGGAACAAUUCGCCUCCUCAUGAGGAGGGAUAAAACCCUAAAAAUCUGUGCAAACCAUUAUAUCACACCCUUAAUGGAGCUGAAGCCUAAUGCUGGGAGCGACAGGGCAUGGGUCUGGAACACACAUGCUGACUUUGCAGAUGAAAGCCCCAAGCCUGAACUUCUGGCAAUCCGAUUUUUAAAUGCAGAGAAUGCACAGAAAUUCAAGGCAAAAUUUGAAGAAUGCAGGAAUGAAGUAGACAAGAGAGCAAAGAAAGCAGGCACAGACAAAAAUGAUAGUGCUGAUAAAGUUGCUGAAAAACUAGAAGAGCUUUCUGUAAAGGAAGAGAGCAAAGAAUCUGAGAAGAAAGAGACCAAGGAAAAAACUGAAGAAAAGCAAUAAAUCAUCCUGGGCCUUGCAGUUUUUUCUUUACUUUUUUCUUUCUUUUUCUUUUUUGUUUGGUUGGUGGGGUUUUUUUGUUUGUUUUUUUGGGUGGUUUUUUUGUUGUUUUUGGUUUUGUUUUUUUUUUUUACAAGGGACUUUAUAAGGAACUGAAUUCACCGUUCAGGUUGUUUUUUCUAAGCUUUUGCCCUUUUGAAGAUGUCUUCAGAAAAUCCAUUCCCCAGUCAUGAAAAUGUACUGUGCUAACUUUCUUUUCCAUAGUGGAAACACUUAUUUAUAGUCAUCCAAAAGAGUGAAUAAAACAAACUUGAAAACAGCAUCAGAGGACAGAACUGAGUUUUCUAUAUACUUUAAAGGCUUAUGAAUACACUUGUUUCAUUGAGUGUUGAGAUGCAUAUCAUCAUACCUGUGGAUUAAUUAGGUUAACAGACUUUACCAACAGGGAAGAUUAAGAUUACAUACAUGUUUCUUAUAUGGCUUCUAAAACUGUAAUAUAACAGACCUUUCACACUUUUUCUGCUGUGUGUUCCUGAGCAGGGAAUGUGCCUGUGAUUCUUGAAAUGCAGCAGACUUCUGGAAUCAGGUGAUAGAGCAUUCCUGGCACGCUAUUAAUGAUGUUCCAUCAGACAGUGAAAAUAAAGGUGGGGGAGAAAAUGUAUUACAUGAGACUUGAAGUAUUUUCCUCUUACAAAAUAAAAUCUCAGCUCCCUCCCCGCCCCCCCAAUUUGUUAAUAUUACAAAUGCUUGACUCAAGCACAAAGUUGUUGCUGUGGUCCUAGAUCUUCCAUGAUGUGCUACUUGCUGACUGAAGGCAGCAGCAGCCUGUUAUACUAAGGUGUAUACAAAGGAAUCUUAACUGAGUACCUUACUAUGAGAUUCCCCAUGUAAGCAUAUCAUAAAAGUUGUACUCUAAAAUUUCUUUUUAAUUUAAAAAGCUUUUAAAAGCUUUUUUCCCAGGGCUUUGGAGCUUGCAUUGUUUUUACAAACUGGAGGGGUUCUGAACUUUUAAGAUGCAUCGUGGGAGGCUGUCCCUCUUGGAGAGUGGCAGUCUGGCAUUUGCUUUGGAAGAGUUAACUGUUGUACAUGUUUGAGGGGCCCCCUCCUUGCCAGAAAGGGGAAAUUGAUCAAAUCUUCCCUACAAAUGUUUUCUGUUUAUCCGGUUUCAAGUUAGUGCUAGAGAGUAGGAAAAUAAACUAUAGUAAGCAAUAAAAUCAACACAAUUUUUAAGUCUGAUAGAUUAAAUGAAUUUCGUUGUUAACCACUAAUACAAGGGUAGUGUUAGGAUAGCGAUGGAAUUCUGUAAUACUGUUUCCAAAAUAAUUAUGAAAACUGGACAAAACUUGCUAAACUUUUAAGACUGUAUGAUGUUAACAUUGGAUAGCAAGACCUUUUUAUCUUCAUAAAGAGGCUUUCCAAGUAGGUCAGGUUCUGCAGUCUACCUGAGGAAAAUAUAUUUUUUAGAAAAUCUUGUCUGUUUUCUUAGCACUGCCUUUUGAUGCUACAAUGAACUAGUCUUAAAUCUGGAACUGUAAUUAAGGUACUCACUUCAUUCAAAGUAAUUCCUUUGGUGUUGUGCAUGUUCCCCUUCAAGUACAGCAGAUAUCAAAAGUCUGUUAAUUAACAAAGAUGGUUGAAAGGCAAAAUAAAAUGCUCUUUAGUGUUUCUGGUUUGGAAAUAACAAGACAAAGCUAUUCUGAAGUACUUAACAUUUGAAUGUAAAAGCCAAAUUUUUAUCUGUGAGUCACUGUAAAUUCUCUGAUCUGAUAAUGUCAAACAGUGUGUCUAAAUUGAUAGAAAUGACAUUUAAAAAUUACAAAAUAAAUUUAAAUUUUCAUUUAAAGGAUUUGCUUUUUAUUUAAAGAACUCUUACUGGGAAUGCAUUUUUAGCCUGCAGGGACAAAGUGAUGAAGGCAGCAAAAUGAGUGAGUUUGAUUUCACUGUCAAACAUUGUACAGAAGAGGGGAGGAAACACUUGAAUGAUUCAAUUUGUCUUAAUCUUAGAUAUCGACGACUCCUGCUUAAUUUUAUUACCCUUUCUUCUUCUCUUCUUUACUUAUUUAUGCAUGCUUAAAUGAUUUCAAGACAUUUCCAUUCCUGUUUAGGUUAACUGAUCCAUGUUUACAGUUCAUGGAUUAGAGCCAUCCUUAAUUCAAGUCUGCAAUCUCAGAGCCAAGUUAUGAGGGACCACUAAGUAAAAUAACUUCUCUGGAUGGCAUUUGGCUGAAGAAUGCCUUAGUCUUCUAAACUAAGGGAUGGUUAGUCAACUUUAGAAGCCAUAGGUGUGCUGUUCUACAAAUCAAAAAGCAGUAAGUAUUUUUAAAAUUGAUCUUGGUGAAAUGAGGCUUUUUUUGUGUGUAAGUCAUUCUAAUGAUAAACUUUCCUAUAUGUAACAGACUACCAAGAGAUGUCCUUGAAAUGUUUUUGUAGCUCUCUCUAUAGCGAGUAUUAUAGAGUUCUAGCUGAUGUAGUGUCUUGUCCCCCUGCCCAGGUCACCAGGUAUUCAUGCUUUCCCACCAUCUUCACUGUUAACAGGGUUAUUGAGAUGAUAGAACCUGACCAGUCUUGUCAGGCAAUAGAGAGUCUUAAAAUAAUAACUUGGCUCAAAAAAUAGUAACAGUCCUUUGACAAAAAGGUGGGCUUGUAGCGCAAAAGUUCCUUCCUGAAUCUGUGGGCAACUACUAAAAUAUGUCAGUUGCCUUAUACUUGUUUCUGAAAUGGCAAUAACUUCAGUGUGAUUUAAAUGUCUGAACCUGUUUGAAGGUAUUGUGCCAUAGUAAAAAUGGCUCGUGUAGAAACCUAUAAUUCAUUGUUUAGACAUAGUACAGAAACUUGCUGAAUCUUUAAUUUCUGCACUUUAUAGGGGUGUGUUGAGACUAAAUUUCUCUCUAGGAUUCUAGAGACAAAAUGGAUUCUAGACUAUUUUAACACCUGCAGUUGAAUAGUGGCUACUUUCCCUCUUACUCCCAGUGAGGCAAGGUAACUCCUAGCAUCUUUAAAUGCAGAUGAAAGUAAUGGGGAAUGGAGUUUUAUUAAUGCAGCUGGGUAAAGAAUAAAGUCUUUUUAAGCACUUCUAACUUAAGUAACAGCGUUACUGAGAAUAUGGCUGAAUCUUAAAGUACAAGUGAAGAUUUUUAAGAGGUUUUAAUCCAUUUUUGGUAAAAAUGGAAACUGCAGUAGUAUUAGUAGAGCAUUGUCAGGUGCUAAAGUCUGCAAUUUGUACAAAUUCUGCUUGCUUCAAGUGCAGAAAGAUGCUAUAUAAGCCAGGCUUAAUAACCCAGCCUUUGUUGGUACUGAUGGUUUUGUGUGCAUAAAACUGGAUGGAUGGGUGUUUGAGGUCACCUGAAUAAUGAAUUUAACUUAGAAAUAGUUAAAUUUUGAUGAGCAUCAAAAUAGUAUCUUCUUAACAGGUAGUUAAGGUCUUAAAAAAGUAGACUUAAGUGUUUUCUAAUACAAAACUGAAUUCAAAAUAGUUCUCUCUAAAUCCCAUGUUAAUUAUUUUGAAGACUACGCUAACAGGUUUUUUUUUUUCUCCAGGAAUAAGCUUGUAUUAGUGAUACUAAAUGUCUCAUUCAAAAUUGCAGACAUACCAAUUUGCUGUAUUUUAACACUGUAAAUGAUGAUAUUUUUUUUCCUGUGUAAUAAGGUAGCUUGUAUCAAACACAAGUUCUCUGUGAUACCAAAAACUCAGAAAAUUAAAGUUCUUCUCAACACUA